GCCACGACCAUCGAUGUUGCUCGAUACAUCGAUGUUUUUUACAUUCCUAGUCUACUUUUGGUUAUUUUCAUUCUCAUUUACAAUCAAAGGAAUUAAUGGCGGAUAAGUUACCAGCGAUUGUGCCACCUUCUAAACCAUUUCCUGGUUCGCUUACACCCGGUUGGAACGAUCCGCCUCCUAUAAAUGAUUCUCGCCCGGCUGGCCGCACGAAACUCAACUUAAACAAGAGAGUCGCUUUUCCCGUGCAAACCGAAAGAAUUGAGCAGGGGCCUCCCCUUACAAGCUUUGGACAGUCGAAUAUACCACCAGUGGGCAAUAUUCCACCGCCGCCUUCAUUGUUGACACAUUCAUCUCAAGGUUUACACACAGCAAAUCCUGGGCAAUAAUCUGUCAACGUAGCCACUUGGUAAGAAUUACUAUUCCAGAGACCAUUUGUGUAUAAACUUUCAAGUAAUUAUUUAAAUAUUGCUUGUAAAUUAACAAUAAUUUGAUAAAUAUUUAAGAAAUGUUAUUAAUUGAAUAAAGGUUAAUCUAACAAUUAAUUAAGAAAUAUCUUUAAUACCAAAAGAAUGGAGCUGCAAUAUUCUGAAAAGCGCCGAAUGCCUCAGGAAUGACAGAAUACAUCGCUACAUCAGGUGUGGAGUAGGGAUGACCGAAGUUUGGCUUCCGAAAAGUAUCAGGUAGUUCGAGGCUGGCACCUUUCCAGCUUGAAAGAACGAAGACCAAAUAAUUCAA